AUGAAGUCUUUCCUCGCACUCGCCGCCCUCGUCGCUACGGCCUCGGCCCACUACACCUUCCCGUCCCUCGUGGUCGGCGGUGCGACGACCCCCGCGUGGGUGAACGUCCGCAAGACGAACAACUUCAACACGCAGGCGCCCGUCACGGACGUCACCUCGCCCGACUUCCGCUGCUACGACUCCGCGACGAACCCGACCGCGCAGACCGCGACCGUCUCCGCCGGCUCGCAGCUCGGCAUCAUGUCCGACGGCACCAUCUACCACCCCGGCGUCGUGAACGUGUACAUGGCGAAGGCGCCCGGGGACGUGAACAGCUUCGCGGGCGACGGCGACGUCUGGUUCAAGGUCUACCAGAUCACGGCCGAGACGAACGGCGGGAGCUCGAUCAGCUUCCCGGCGGAGGGCGUUCCGGGGGUCACGUUCACCGUUCCGAAGAACCUGCCGAGUGGACAGUACCUCGUCCGCAUGGAGGCGAUCGCGCUGCACGUCGCUUCGACUUACGGCGGUGCCCAGUUCUACAUCUCCUGCGGACAGGUCAACGUCGAGAACGGUGGCAGCGGCACGCCCGGCCCCCUCGUUGCCAUCCCCGGUGUCUACACUGGCUACGAGCCCGGCAUCCUCAUCAACAUCAACUACCCCAUCCCCAAGAACUACACUCAGCCCGGCCCCGCUGUCUGGUCUGGGUGA